AUGUUGAUAUUACAGUAUGGACAGACACCAUUAAUGUGGGCGGCUGAGGGAGGACACCUGGAGGUGGUGAUGUACCUCAUCAGUCACGGCAGUCUGUUAGAGGCCACAGACCCGGCUAGAUGGACACCAUUAAUGUUGGCCGCUGGGAGAGGACACCUGGAGGUAGUGAUGUACCUCAUCAGUCACGGCAGUCAGUUAGAGGCCACAGACUCGUGGGGAAUGACACCAUUAAUGUUGGCCGCUUUGGAAGGACGCCUGGAGGAUGGAGAAACAGCUUUACAUUACGCUGCUCAAAAUGAACGGAUUGAUACAACAAAGUGGUUAAUAGAUCAAGGGUGCAGUCCUUGGGUGAAAUCAAAAAAGGGACAGACUCCUUAUGAUAUGGUAACAAUGAAAAGCUAUGAUGAUUCUGAAAAGAAAAAGAAAAAGAAAGAAGUGAUGGACUUCCUUAAGACUGUCAUGUUAAAGACUCCAGAAGAAUAUAACAACUUGAAGAAAAAACAACAGUUAAAUCGUUUAACGGGUAAAGGUACCUACGAAUCGUAUGACAUGCGCUGUAUGGUGACUGGCCAGUUCGCCGUCGGAAAAACUACUCUGGUGAAGCUAUUAGUGGCGGACGUCAUUCCCGAAGGGAGACAUCCUACAGAUGGUAUCUCGCUUCUAGAAGGUCGCUGUGGUCUUGACGUCCAAACAAGAGAAUGGAUUCUUAUAAAUCCAGAAACUUAUAAUGCCAUGGAUGUUGUUUACAAUAAGGUUUUAAUGACCUCGAGUAAAGAAGAGGAACCUAAUCUUAAUGAAAAGUUAGACACACAACAAGCAUCAGAUACAAGUCCUUCUGGAAGUAAAGAUGAUGAAAUUGUUAAUCCAGGCCUAUGUGUUCUACAGCAGUCACAAGCUAUGGCAUUGCCUCUCCCAUUAAACACAUCAGGUAAUCUCUCCAACCAACCUCCAACAGCCCUACCUUUAUCACCUCAGAUGUUCUCCAAUGUGCCUCUAUCACGACAGCAGCUGAAGCAGAAAAUGAAAGCUAAGAUGACUAAAGAUGAAAUCAGAAUUCAAAUGGAAAAAGUCCUUAAAAGUGGCAAAUAUAAGAUGAAGGUUGGACGACUCAUAUUCUGGGACUUUGGUGGACAGUAUGUAUAUUAUACUACACACCAGACCUUCAUGACCUACAGAGCUUUGUUUCUUGUUGUAUUUGAUGGCAGCAAAGGAUUGCAUGAACAAGUCCUUGAUGUGUUGUGUUUUCCAGGGCAGCAUAUGGCACCAACUCCAGCAGUAUUUUUACAACACUGGGUCAACUGUAUCCUUACCUAUUGUAAGGCAGUACAUGCGGGAAUUCCAAAGAUCUUGUUUGUUGCUACCCAUAAAGACAAAGUACCAAAGGAGAUCAUUGAGACGCAGCGUGAAUUGGUUUUCACUGGAGUAGAAGAGUUAUUUAAAGACCAUGAAGGACGACAUCAUCUAGUCCUUGACAAACGGAUAUUCGUAAAUGCAACAGACAAAUUUGAUUCAGAGAUAGAAGUCCUGAAGAAAACCAUUACAGAUUUAACGUUUGAGCAUCCAUGUUGGGGAGAGAGGAUGCCAAAUGCUUGUGUUCCCCUUGAGCUGGAGAUUGCUGAGCUGGUAGCAGAAGGGAAGCAAAUACUGUCACUGGCAGAAGUUGAAGAAUUAAAUGCCAUCAGCCAGGUGUCCAUCCUGUCUUUUAAUCAGCUCAGAGAUUUUCUACAUUUCCAUCAUUCGCUAGGAAAGAUAGUAUAUUUCGAUACACCCCAGUUGAGAGAUUAUGUGAUUAUCAGCCCACUUCUCCUGGUGGAAGUUAUGCGAUCCUUCGUAACAGAUAAAGGCUUUUGGCCAAAGAAAGGAGACAUAAGGAAAAUUUUUGAAAGAAUGUCAGGAAGUGGAAUCAUACAAAGAAACGAUCUGUAUCUUAUUUGGGAACAAAAGCACUUCAAGAAAAUAUCCCCCUACAAAGAGUUCAUAUUUGAUAUGCUCAUCCACCUUGAUAUUAUAUCAGAGCAGCGUAGAUAUGAUACUAAUACAGGAAGUCGGUUACCAGUGGAAAACUUCUUUGUUCCCUGUAUGCUAACACAAAGAAACGACACAAGUUUCAUGGCAAAUGAAUGCACACCAGAAAAAGCUAUUAGCCUAGCUUUUGUUUUCAAAGGGACAAUUAUACCACCAGCCUUACCAAAUCGUCUCAUUAGCGCAUGUCUCAGUAUGUGGACUGUGAAAGCAUAUGAAGGGAGAACACUUCUGUUUUCAGGAUUCAUUGGAUUAUCCUUCGAUAAGGUACAUGAUAUUGUUGUAUGUGUUGAAGGUAACAAAAUUCUGCUGUACAUAGUCCAUAAGACCUCCAACGGGCUGAUUGUUCCAGAUAUUGCCACGGGCAUCAAGGAAAGCAUGUUUACAACAUUGGAGAGAAUAUCAGAGUUCUAUCAGUCCACAGUCCAUGCCAUAUCUAGCAGCCAAAAGCUACCUUUCCAUAUUGAAUAUGCAUGCUCCAGGUUAGAAUGUCAUAUCCCAGAAGAGGCAGCAUUCACAACUGAUGAAUGGAUCUGUCAUAAACAUAAGAUUGUACAUACUAUAGACAAGUGGAAUAUUUGGAAUCAAGAUCAGGCAAAUGAACAAUGUGAAGUGAACUGUCCAGGUUUACAGGAAGGUGCAUUGAAUCAGAUGCCGAGUGAUAUUGAACUUCAGAGAUUUGCAUCACGAUGUGAUGAAACUACUAUUCGAGAGUUAGCCAUACAUCUUGGUAUGUCUCUCCAAGAAUGGGAAGACCUUAGAUGUAAUUUUGAUCGGAUUGAAGUUGUGAAGUAUAGAAUACUGGUCAACUGGCGAGAAAAAUGUUCAGGAAAAUUCCGCAACAUAGCAAAAGCUUUAACAGAUAUGGAUUUACCUACCCAUAAACUGUGUCAGAUAAGAAGAAUUAUAAAAGGAGAAUAUGAUAUCGAUGAAAUAUACAUGGAUUGGAUUCCAACAGAUGAAAUUCUAGAUGCUCUUGCACAAGUAAUAGGUGUGUUAUCUUUCCAACUGGGGAUAGAAUUAGAAUUACCGAUAACAUCAAUAGAUAUUAUACAGCAUGAUAAUGGGCGGAACUUAGUUGCACAGUGUAAACAAAUAUUAUUUCAAUGGAGAGUUCAGGGGGUCAGACCUACCAUAGGUGUUCUGGUUCAAGCUAUGCUUAAUGUUGGAAGAGGUACCAAAUGUUUAGAAGAGAUCAUUAAAACGGUUGGAGUGAAGAAAUAUGUGCCACAAAAAGAAGGAAAAUUAAAAUCAUUUCUUAAAAAACUGAAUCCUUUUCAGAACAAGAAAUAGUACAGACAUUUUUUAUUUGGAAUUAUAUAAUCAGAGUAUUUAAUAUUCAAACUCUUGCGUACAAAAUGUUGAUACUGACAUUCAAACAACACCACUUUUGGAGAGAUAUACAGUACCCAUUGAUACUUAAUUUGUUUGAUGUACUUGUUCCCAAAUGUGAUCUCUAUGUUUCACCUCGUAGAGACAUAACUUGAGAAUUUUACCAGUAAAUAUACACAUGCAUAUUGGUCAAAUUGAAAUAUGUGUACACAUUCUUAAGUACAGAAAGGGGUAGUACAGAAUUUGAGUGUAAGUAGAAACUCUUAGAAGUUCAAGGCAUAUAUAUACGUUGACAAUAUUUUGAACAGGCCUAUAUAUUGACCUUUUUAAAAAAAGUUGUGCAUUUAACUUUCCUUCUAGGAUACAUUUUCUUUCAAAACUGCUUUGAUCUAGCUGUCAGUAGCUGCGAGUACUCUCAGAUCAGUUUUUAGUGUCUGUUUGUUUUUGGGAUGUACAACUAUCCGGUCAUGUCCAUUUGUAUUUGUAGUAUUUGUAUUUUUAUCCAUAUGAUGAAUUGAGCCUUUUUCAACUGGUGUUUCUAGUUCGUUCUUAUGUUGUACUGUUACACCACUGAAUGGGAUCCCGCUAACAUGUUUAACCCCGUAGUAUGUAUGUAUGUGCCUGUCCCAAGUCAAGUCUGUUAUUUAGUCAGUAGUUGUCGUUUGUUUAUGUGUUUUACAUAUUUGUGUUUCGUUCAUUUUUAUGUCCAAUUUAUGGGCAUUGUGUUUUCUGGUCUGUGUGUCCGUUAGUUUGUUUGUAUGUCCGUUCGUUCGUUUGUUCAUUGAUACCGCUUCAUGUUAUAGUUCUGGUUUAAGUUUUUAAUAAGGGUAGUUUUUGAUAAAGUUCAAUCAACGUGAAACUUAGUACACAUUUUCCUUUUGAUAUGACCUUUUUAAGUUUAAUACCAAAUUAAAAUUUUUACCCCAAUUAUACAGUCCGAUUUUUUUUUAGCUAUCAACAGAUAAUAAAUGAUAUUUCAAGCUCUUUGAGAUAUGUCUCGGUUCCAUCUCAAUUGGAAUUUCCGAAAACAAUGGACAAUCUAUAAUUGUUUGUAAAAUUAAUGAUGUUACAUCCGGCCAAUCCACCAUAUUAUGAAUUAUAUCUCCAACUACAUUAUAUUAGGCAAUGACUCAUAUUCUGUACAUUUUGGUGUAUAAUGUUGAUACUAAUUGCUUACUUGAUAUCUGUAUUUCCUCCCUUUUUAGCUCACUUUUCAAUAGGUCUAAGUCAGAUAUUGUCAUCAUUUGGUGUCCAUCACAAAUUGUUCAUAGUCUUCGUUGUAAGUUCGUAGUCGACUUUUAACUUUUUACAAAAAUCUUAAGCUCUGAAACUACUGGACCAAUUUGAGCCACAUUUGACCACCAUCAUUAUUGCCCUGUUAUGACAAUUUCUACCCUUUUUUUCGUUUUGCCGUAUGUGCUAAAAAUCAUAGUAGAUAAAUAGACACCAAGACACUCGUACCACAUCUUUCUAUAUCUACUAAAAAAAAAAGAUGACCAGCAAGGCAAGAUCUACUUACAGGCCAAAAUAUGCCGAUAUAGUUAGUGGAUUUUCACUUUUAAAAGGUUUUUUUAAUUCCUAAUUGUGUUUUAAGCAAAAACAAAAAGAGACACAGAGAGAAGCUAAACAGAUUUAUAAAUGGUCAGCAAUACAAGUUUAACGAAAUAGAGAUUUUUGCAAUGAAUUCCAUUCUUUUCUACCAGGUAAGUGAGUGUCCUUUGUUGAAUAUGGUAAUAGACCAAGGUGAAUGACACAGGCUCCUUAAAACCUCAUAGAGUUUUACCGAGAAACCUCCGUUGUCUUAGUAUAAAAACAGUUCUUGCAGUGUCAUACAAAAAAAAAGAAAACCAAGGAAUGAUGUAUACAUUGUAUUUGUUUACUUUAGUAAUGUUGUAGAUUGUGUCCUCACAUCUAUCUGAGAAAUUGUGUCAUAUAGAUAUUAACAUUGUGUUCCGAUGUAGUUAUUUGUACACUUAUUUUCAACUACUGUUGUAGAGCGUCUCAUUGCUACACACGUUUCUCAAAUUCCAUCAUGUAAAUAAAAGCAUGUUGAAUUGUUUAUAACUUGUUUGUAUAUAUAUAUUUCGUACUACUGAUAGAGAGUGUGUCAUUAUUACACACGUUUGAAAAAUUCUAUCAUGUAAAUAAAUGUAUGUUGAAUUGUUUAUAAUUUGUUUAUAAAUAUAAUUUGUUCUUUUGAUGUAGAUUCUGUCUUUGUUGCAUAUGUUUGACAAAUUCUAUCAUGUAGAUAAAAGCAUGUUGAAUUGUUUAUAACUUGUUUAUGAAUAUAGUUUGUUCUUUUGAUGUAAAGUGUGUCAUUGUUUCCUAUGUUUGACGAUUUGUUUGUUGUAAAUAAAAGCAUUUUGUUCCACAUUGAAUACAUGAAUUGAUACAUGACUGAAGAUUUUUACAUUUUAUUUUUUGGUAAAUGACAUGAAUCAAUAAAAUGAGGGCCAAACAAAACUACAACACAACAGUCUUUACAAAACGAAGCAAAAUGAGUAAAUAAAAGAGAAAUAACACAAUAACACAGAAAAACGGGAAUGAUCGCAGGUGCAUGAUAAGGAAAAGGGCAACAAGAUAACAGAA